AUGGAGCACCAAAACGAUGAGCUCCAACAACCACUCUUAGAUUCUGCAACUCCGCCGUCCUCCGCCGGCCAUGGCGGCAGUUGGGAGCUGGAGAACGUACUUUCCAGCACCCAGACACCGUUCGUCCGGCGGUUUGCAUCGGCGACGAGGAUUGAACUUGGUCUUCUGUAUAAACUGGCAGCUCCGACGGUGUUGGUUUAUUUGAUCAACAACUCGAUGUCGAUGUCGACCAGAAUAUUUUCCGGCCAACUCGGUAACCUGGAGCUCGCCGCCGCCUCCCUCGGCAACCAAGGGAUUCAACUCUUCGCUUAUGGUCUCAUGCUCGGUAUGGGUAGUGCAGUGGAGACGUUAUGCGGGCAAGCGUUCGGGGCACAAAAAUACGAUAUGCUUGGCGUAUACCUUCAAAGAUCUGCAAUCGUUCUCACAAUAACGGCAUUCCCGUUAACUUUGGUUUACAUUUUUUCGAAGUCGAUCUUACUUUUACUCGGCCAAUCGCCAUCAAUGGCGUCGGCCGCCGCGCUAUUCGUCUACGGUCUCAUUCCUCAGAUAUUCGCGUACGCUAUCAAUUUCCCGAUACAAAAAUUCCUUCAGUCUCAAAGUAUCGUCGCGCCGAGUGCGUACAUUUCGGCCGGAACCCUAGUCGUACACCUGUUCCUUUCUUGGAUCAUGGUGUACAAAUUAGGGUUCGGUUUGAUCGGUGCUUCAUUGACUUUGAGUUUUUCGUGGUGGAUCAUUGUAGCGGGUCAAUUUAUUUACAUCUUGAAAAGCGAUAGAUGUAAGGCGUCUUGGACUGGUUUUAAUUUAAAGGCGUUCGGCGGGCUUUGGGAUUUCGUAAAAUUGUCGAGUGGAUCGGCCGUGAUGUUGUGUUUGGAGUCAUGGUACAUGCAAGUACUCGUGUUGAUUGCAGGGUUGCUCGAGAACCCCGAGCUAGCGUUGGACGCGCUUUCAGUUUGCAUGGCUAUUAAUGGACUAUUGUUCAUGGUCUCAGUUGGGUUCAAUGCAGCUGCUAGUGUUAGGGUCGGCAACGAGCUCGGAGCAGGAAACCCAAAAGCCGCGGCUUUUUCGGUCUUGACGGUGACCACCGUCUCUUUUAUCAUCGCCGUAAUUGAAGCGGUGAUAGUUUUGUCGUUACGGCAUGUUAUUAGUUACGUGUUCACGGGCGGUGAAACUGUUGCUAACGCAGUUUCUGAUCUUUGUCCAUUAUUGGCCAUCACUAUCAUCCUCAACGGCAUUCAGCCCGUCUUAUCAGGUGUGGCUGUCGGGUGCGGAUGGCAAGCGUAUGUGGCGUACGUGAACGUCGGAUGCUAUUACAUAGUAGGGAUUCCCAUCGGAUGCAUUCUCGGUUUCUAUUUCAACUACGGGGUCAAGGGAAUAUGGUCGGGAAUGAUCGGAGGAACGGGAAUGCAAACCAUCAUUCUGAUAUGGUCGACAUUUCGAACAGACUGGAAUAAAGAGGUGGAAAAAGCUACAAAUCGAUUGGAUAAAUGGGAAGGAAAAAAGGAGAGUAUUGAGAAGGAAGGAAUGAACGGAAGUCAAAGUCAAAGUCAAUAGACCAGUUAGUCAACGAAUCAUUUGGAUUCAAAAGCAAUCAUUUAUUUUUGAAUAUCUUGUGAUAAUGUUUCCAAUAAAUAUAAAAAUUCAUUAAAUACUUAGAUUACGAACCAGAUAAACUCAGUAUAUCUCACUUGAAAGUAGAGAUUUAUAGAAUUCAGACCUUCUAAGCACGAUUUCA